GUGUUGGCGCGGCGGUGAAUACUGGUAACCCUACACCCAGCUAAAGCCAAGUAGAGGAUCAAUUGAGAGUAUAGAGAUGGAAGAGAAAGAUUGUCGAUAGUUAACGAAGUGGUAGAAUUAGAAUAUUAAAUUGAAACUGUAGUUGGAGGAAUGGUUUGAAACCUAGCGGAAGGAAACACUGAGAAAUUUUUAAGCUGAUCAACGAAACAACGACUUUCGAUCUGCUGUAAAAACAGUGUCGCGAUUGAAACCCUCCCCGCUCCAACAAACUUAAAAAUUUCUCAUUUCAACCGCUGUAUACAGCGAAAUGAGUAAAAAGCAUUCAAAUCGACGUGCGGAACAACAACGCAUCGAAGUUGAUGAUAGAAAGAAGGGCCAGGCGAACAAUGGCUCCACAGAUGAUCCCCCGGCUACGCUCACCGUUGAGAUGAUAGAGCUUGAGUUGGAUUAUCUACAAAGAGAACGCUCGAUAAAACUCAAAGCCAUAGCGGAUAGGGAGGCAGUAGAGUUAUCUGUUGCCCGAAAAAGCUAUUGUUUGAUGAAAUCCCGGUUGCAACUAAAGCACGAUUGCGACGAUAAUGAUUUCGAUGAUGUCACCCCCGGCAGGAUGAACGAUAACGACGAUGCAGAUGAAACACCUCCACGCAGUGCUUUUCAAAAUGUUCCAUCGAUCAUCAGUUCUCUACCAAUGAAUCUACCGAAGACGUCAAAAUGUUUGCCAACUCCCCAACAACUUUGUGCUCGCCAGGUAAUGCCAAUGGAUCUGCCGGUAUUUGCAGGGAAUCCUGAAGAGUGGCCCGUGUUUUAUUGUCAGUAUAAGAAUACCACAGCGGCGUGUGGCUUUAAUAAUUCGGAAAAUUUGGUACGGUUACAACGGUGUUUGAGAGGACAGGCUUUGGAAUAUGUUCGUAGUCGUUUGCUAUUGCCUGAAUUAGUUCCGAAGGUCAUUAAUCAAUUAGAAAUGUUGUACGGGAGACCAGCGGUAAUCAUCAAUUCAUUGAUAAAUAAGGUCCAAUCUAUGCCACCGCCUGAGAUGGGGCGUUUAGAGACCAUCAUUGAUUAUGGUAUGGCGAUUCAGAACCUUUUUGAUCAUAUGAAAGCGAUGAAUCAGUUAGACCAUUUGCGAAACCCAACCCUUCUGCAGGAGUUGGAGACGAAGCUUCCUAGUGAAAUGAAAUUGCAGUGGGCAAAAUAUAAGCGACAGAAUUCUCCGUCUUCACUAAAGACGUUGAAUGAAUUUAUGAAUGAAAUAGUGGAAGUGACUUGCGAGGUUUUUUCUGCAGGUUCAAAAACUCGAACCGAUCAGGAGCGGAAUGAUGAAAUUGUCGAAACAGAUUCGACACUAGGGAACCAAAAUAGUUUUUGUUUCAUUUGUAGAGAAAGAAGUCAUCGUGUGCAGGAUUGUAUUCAAUUUCAAUCAUACGAUGUUUCUCACCGUUGGCGUUUAAUAGGAGAGUUGAAAUUAUGCCGGUGCUGUUUGGGGCGCCAUUCUACUAGGGUCUGCCAACAUGCGUAUGAGUGUGGAACAGAUCGAUGUCAGUUGUUGCACCAUCCAUUGCUGCAUCAAGUCCAAAACCGAUAGGGUAACCAGUGAGAUGCGCGCUUGAAGUAAUUUGGUAAAACUCCAUCUAAUAUGUAGUGUUACGGGGGUGGGAAUGUUGGCGCGGCGGUGAAUACUGGUAACCCUACACCCAGCUAAAGCCAAGUAGAGGAUCAAUUGAGAGUAUAGAGAUGGAAGAGAAAGAUUGUCGAUAGUUAACGAAGUGGUAGAAUUAGAAUAUUAAAUUGAAACUGUAGUUGGAGGAAUGGUUUGAAACCUAGCGGAAGGAAACACUGAGAAAUUGUGAGUAAAAGUGUAAUAAUUAUAAGCGAAUUGAAAUUAAAUAAAACCUUUUAGUUUAAGCUGAUCAACGAAACAACGACUUUCGAUCUGCUGUAAAAACAGUGUCGCGAUUGAAACCCUCCCCGCUCCAA